ACAGCAUCUUUGACAGCUUUAAAGGAAUUUGCUCAGGUGAAGGAGACAACUGCUGCUCUGAUGAAGGAUUUUUCUGAGCAGGCCUCCCAAGCUAGACAUGUCAGUAUGAGAUGCUGUCAACGUUUUUCUUCAUGACCAACAGGUUGUUAAACUGCAAUCAAAAGCACUUAUUAAGGAUGGAUCUCUCCCUUUUUUGAGAUUUGAACUACUGACAUCUUCAUCCACUGGAACUUUAGUGCCCAGGAGACACCAGAGAGGGGAUUUUUGAGAGAGUUUCAGAACAAGCCCUGCAGCUGUGAGCUGGUUGCAGCAUGAGGAAAAACCUUCCAUCACCCCAAUGUACAAGAAAAAAAAGAGAGAUGACAGUAUCUAUCCUCCUUCAAUACUGAGGAAAAGGCCACCUGUGGACCCAGUGGUGGGAGAAAAGCGAAAACAAUGGAGAAGGGUUCGAUUCCGUGAGCCAGAAGUCAUUGAACAUGCCAUUUCCUGCUGUGACUACAUAGUAGCAGAUGACAGGUCACCAUCAGGACUGCCUCUGUUCCUUUGGCUCUCGUUUUGUGCAGUGCUGAUCCUGGCUGUAAGUCUCUACUACACCAGCAUGAAGCAAGACAUCAAAGUCCUGGAGGAAUUUCAAUCCCAACUUGUUAUCUUCUUUCUUCAGCUAAGACAUGUUGCUCAGAAAUGUUGGACUUGGUUUGUGAGGCAGUAGCAAUGUCCCCCAGCCUGAGAGACAUCUGCUAACCAGCACAAAGCUCCCAGUCUACUCCAGUCACAUACAGAGAACACGUGAGGGUACACCUCAAAGAGCAAGAAAAUCACCCCUGUUCUGCACUGUCCAGAAGCCAUUUGUUCUCCUUUCUUUUGGUUUGGGUUUGUUUUUUUUUUUCACAUUACUGGGCAGUCAUAGUAGCACCUAGAUGUCCCACAAAUCUCAUGCUCAUCAUCCAUCAUCUAUCAUCCAUCAUCAACAGAAAAAAAAUAACAGAAUUUAGACCCCCAAAGAUCUUACAAACUGAUGAAAGGAGCAGAAGUAGAGACAGAAAUACAUUGAUUUGUGCAGGCAGCAGACAGCUCUGAAUAAAAGUAUCUCGAGUCAGGAGGUCAAAGCUCUACAUACCAAACCAUCUUUUUCCUCAACUCUCCUAAGAGCUAUUCUGGAAAAGUGGAAAUAAAGCUGAGCUAUUGCACAAAUGCUGCUCUGGUGGCCAAAGGUUUGGCAAGCUGCUAUAUUUAUGCAUCUUAAAUGAUUAUUAGUAAAAUCUCAGCAAAUGUCUUUCUUGUUUCCCUUCAUGCAUUUUUUCCUCCAUGGGGAAAAGCUGCUUCUAAAUGUUUUACUUGACUCCCAGGUGUGAAAAAGAACAUGAAAGCUCAUUUAAACAGUAAAUAGUUUAUUUGCCUAACAUAAUAAAUAGCAGCAUUGAAUCCCAAGCUAAUUAUCAAAUCAGUAGUUUAAUCCUCUGGGUUUGAUUCAGUCUAUAAAUGCCAUGAGCUGAGCUUACAAAAUUUAAGAGACUGCUGGUAUGCAGUCAGAGUUCAUGCAUUUACACCUCGGUGUUCAAGGCCUUAUUAAUGGUAACAUGGGCUAGUUAGGAAGGUGUGGGAGGCAAAGCCCCUUUGUCUCUCCACUGUCCCACCAUAGCAUCCACCUCUCAGAAGGGAAUCCUUUUACUGGAGACCAUGCAAUAUAUGUGGAACAGUGCUCUGGGUAUCUAAGAGGACUCAAGCAAGUGCAAGCUUAUGAGAUUCAGCCAUGUUUUCUUCCUAGACAAAAUGAGUACAAUCAGCUUUUUAGGCCUUAGAUCCUUGUCAAGAAGCACUUGAUGUUUGAAGAAGAGGAAAACAAACAAACAAAUAAAAAAGAGAACAAAAUCACUGCAGAGAAGAUGGAAGAGAUGCCUGCAAGACCUUGUCUCAAGCUCCCCUGCCAUUGCUGCCCACCAAAAAGAAAAAAAUGGUGCUUUAUUUUCAGUUGUUUGGGGUUAAAAAAAAAAAAAAA